AUGACAUUUUAUCCACCUUUUCUUCAUACAAUGUUAUGGCCAACAUAUGCAAUUGAUUGGAGCUUAUUGGGAGGAAUUCUGAUUGGAAGCUUUGUAGAUGAAAACCAGAAUCAAAUUGAAAUUCUUAAAAACGAAGAAAUUGAAGAAAUAGAAAGAAAAGAACCAUCAAAAAGGUUAAGAUUGAAGUCAGCGGGGAAAACUAUGAAAAAUCUAUUUUAUCCAGUUACUAAAGUUUUAUGGAAACCGUAUUUAUAUGAAAGAAAAGAUAAAAAGAUGUUUGCAAGCACAGGAGACGCACUACGUCUAUGGUCAGUUAAAGAAGGAUCAUACGAGCCAAUUAUUGAAGAAAUGAUACUUGAGCAUCAUCAACACGGAACAAAUCAAAUAGCUCCAACGACGUCAUUUGAUUGGAAUCAGGUUACACAACAAUUAAUUGUGACUGCAUCAGUUGAUACAACAUGUAUUAUAUGGGAUAUUGAAGUAGGAGAAGCAAAAUCUAAAUUAAUUGCACAUGAUCGUGAAGUAUUUGAUGUAUCUUUUCUUGCACAUAGUGCAGAUAUUUUUGUAAGUACAGGAGCAGAGGGGAGUAUGAGAAUGUUUGACUUAAGGUCACUAGAACAUUCAACUAUUUUAUAUGAAACAGGAGGAGAAUUAGGUGCGUAUAGCUCAGAACCAUUACUUCGUGUAAGUGCAAAUACACUGGAUCAAAAUCUUCUUGCAACAUUCCAUUUAGAUUCAAAUAUAGUUCAUAUUUUAGAUAUUCGAUUUCCAGGUACACCAGUAUUAAAUAUAGCAGGACAUGAUGGUAAUAUUAAUUGUGUAAAAUGGGCACCUGGAUGCAGAAAUAUUUGUGCAACAGGUGGAGAUGAUUGUCAGAUUUUAAUAUGGAAUACAACAAAAGAAUCACCGAAUCCAAAUACAUUAUUAUAUAAAAGCAUAAGAAACCAAGAAAUAAAACAGUUAAAUAAUCCUAUUUUUUCUUGGAAUGCAAAUUCAGAAAUUAAUAAUUUAUGUUGGUCAGAUGACGCAGAAUGGAUUGGCGUAUGCUGGGGAAAAAAUUUUCAAGGGUUAAAAGUUUAG